AUGAACGAUGCAACCACUUCUCUGCUCGCUGAGCAUUUCAGCUACACACCAUUAUCGCUGAUCGAUGACAUUAUCAAUUCAAUCAACAAUUUGAUCUACCAAGCGAUCUCAAGCUUGGAGUCAGGAUUGAUUGCUACACCGCCGGAGCGUCUGGGAUUUUCGCAUGCCACCAAUGGCCCCACCAUCGCGGACACGGACGAUGAUGGCAACAUUGUUUACCCGGAAGCAAAAUUAGAACUCGAAAACGGAUUGCACCAAUUAGAGACGCUGCUUGAGACCAAUGUCGAUAAGGCAUUUGAUAAGUUUGAGAUCUACGUGCUUAGAAACAUCCUUACUGUACCGGUGGAUUUGCUCUCCCAUGUGAGACUGAAGCAUUACGAGGGUCUCUCUUUCAAACCAUCAUCCGACACCCCAACACCGGAGACUAUCGCUACCCAACGCAAAAAGUUACUUGAAACCAGGAAGCUCAACCGCUCCUUGAAGGGCGAAUGCGCACGUAAUGCAGCCGUGAUUGCUCAAUUGAAUGCGAUACUAUCGACGGUCAAAACUGCCAAGAACGAUGGCUCCACUGAAGAUUCCAAGCCAAGUCUGCCGUUAGAUCUAUCGUUCUUGACAUCAAGCUCUGCUGCGCAACAGCUUCGCGUUGGGGUAGACAUCGGCUCAAAUACCCAGCACACGCCUCUUACAACCAAUACCACUUUCAUUCUUUCACAACUUCCGGCACUACAGGCAACACUCGAAAAUCUCCGGCCGAGGCUGGCCUCUCUCCCCGGCUCAAUCAAUGAGGUCGAGACUAAGUCUAAGCGCGACGAGCGGAAAGAAUACAUUGAAGGUCGGAUUAGGCUACACCUUGAGCGAGCUGGGCAACUUGCCAUGGGUGGAGAUGGAAAUCCAGUGGUUGCUGGUCGCCGGAUUGACAUUUCGGAAGCUCAUGCUCUGGAAAGCGUGGCUAACAUGCUUUCUCAGAAGAAGUCUGUGUAG